AUGCCUCUGUCCAAGCGCGUCGACCGCCUUUACGGCGUGGGUGACGGCCGCACCGUAGUCCUCGCGGUCGACACGUGCAAGGGUUGCAUAUCCGCGUUUGAAGACCUCCUCGCUACAGGCUACAAGUCCACCUCUUUCCUCGGUACGCACGAGAACCCCGCUGCGCGGGGGGAGUUCCGCCUGUCCCCCGCGGAUCGCCUAAUUGUCGUCUUUCACCGCGGGCAUCACCUUCCGUCUCCGCUGCUGCUCCGCCGCUCGCGGAGCGACGUCGCCGCGCAGCACCAGCAGCUGUUGUCGACGCUUCCGCUGCUCACUUCCCCGCACGUCCCCCCGACCGCGCAGCCGUCCCCGCACCAAGCAUCCCCGCAAAAACCGGCCGCGGCGAUGUUCUCAUUCCUCGCAAGUCCCCGCGCGCGGUCAGGCUCGUCAAGCCAGCAACAACAGCAGCAGCACCAGCAGGCUCAGGGUCAGUGGCCGCGGUCUUUAUCGGGUAGCCAGCAGCAACAGCAACAGCAACAGCAGCAGCAGCAGCAGGUGCAGCAACUGCAUGCGCCGAAUCACUGGCCCAGAUCGCGUUCAGAGGCGGGAGCAGGAGCAGCAGCAGGAACCGCAAUGGCGGACGGCAGUUCACCCCCCCUUGAUCACCCCGCGGCGGCACAGAGUCAGCAGCUCGCCGCGUCAACCGACAGCAAGGCUGACGUGGAAACCGUGGUUGUGGUUCCAUCUACGCCUGCUAAAGAGGUGACUGCCAAGCUCGCUCGAUUCCAUGGGCGGACGAAAUCAGCAGCGCUGAAGAUGGCCGCCAUGGCUCGGUCUUACAGGGUGCGGUUUGAGGCUAUUGACCUGGAUGACUUCCAAGGAUCAGCUACUCUUGAACUCGGCACUACAUCGCCCCAAAUGCUCAAGCCAGGUCUGAGCUCGUUCCGCGAAAACGCUAAGGGAGCGGCGGACUCGCUCCGUCCGCUCAUCGACAAGGCGCUCACCGUCGUCCCCGAGGAAGUCCGCUCCACCACGCCCAUCCGCGUCGGAGCAACGGCUGGUCUGCGCCUUCUCCCUGGCGACCUCGCUGACAACAUUCUCCAAGCCGUCCGGGAGAUGCUCAAGGAGUACCCCUUCACCUUCGCUGCCGAUUCCGUCAAGAUUCUUGAUGGCGCCGACGAGGGCUCCUUCGCAUGGGUGACGGUGAACUACCUCUUGGGCAAUCUCGGCAAGGACAUCAGCCACACGGUGGGGGUGGUGGAUCUGGGCGGUGGUUCCGUGCAGAUGACGUACGCGGUCCCUGAUGACGUGGCAGUGAAGGCGCCCGAGGGCUACGUUCGGAAGCUGAGCGGAAUGGGCAAGACGUACGGGGUUUACGUACACAGCUACCUGGGCUUCGGUCUGAUGGCAGCGCGAGCUCAGGUGCUCAAGGCAAAACCAGCAGGGAGCGAGGGGCAUGCGUGUCUGCCCAAGGGCACUGACGACAAGUACGUGUACGGAACAGAGGAAGUCAAGGCACUGGCGCUGCCGACAGGAGGGAGUGCAGCGGAGUGUGCGCUGCUGGCAGCAAAGGCGUUGGAACUGGGAGGGGCCCUUGCUGGUGACGCUGCUCCUUCGUGCUCAUUUGAGGAGUGCACGUUCGGAGGGGUGUGGAGUGGUGGUCGGGGUCAGGGUGCCUCGAAGCUCUUCAUUGCUUCCUACUUCUUUGACCGGGCUGGCCAGCUUGGUGUUAUUCCUGACCCCAAGGCGUCAUCAGCUCCUGUCAAGGCAAAGGACUUUGCAGCGGCAGCUGAGGCUGCCUGUGCCACACCCUUGGAGGAAGUCACAAAGAAGUUUCCUGGGGUGGAGGGCAAGGACGCGCCAUACAUGUGCCUGGACGUGGUGUACCAGCACAAGCUGCUCACUCAUGGCUUCAGGAUUGAUGAUUCGGCACAACUUACGUUGGUGAAGCAGGUCACUUACAAGGGCAAGGAUGUAGAGGCAGCUUGGCCACUUGGUGCUGCAAUCGAUGCUAUUUCGUCUUAG